CUGGGCCUGGCGCUCGGAGCCGCUCACCCCCAGCGGAAUGGAGGCCAAGACCGCGGCCGCGCCCGAGACGGACGGCCCGGGCUCGGUGUCUGCGGAGGAGACGGAGAGGUGGAUGGAGGAGGCUGUGCGCAUGGCCAAAGAUGCCCUUGAAAACACUGAAGUUCCUGUUGGUUGCCUCAUGGUCUACAACAAUGAAGUUGUGGGGAAGGGAAGAAAUGAAGUUAACCAAACCAAAAAUGCUACUCGACAUGCAGAAAUGGUGGCCAUCGACCAGGUCCUGGACUGGUGUCGCCAACAUGGCAAGAGUGCGGGUGAGGUGUUCGAGCGCACCGUGCUGUACGUCACCGUGGAGCCGUGCAUCAUGUGCGCAGCUGCCCUCCGCCUCAUGAAAAUCCCAUUGGUUGUGUAUGGCUGUCAGAAUGAGCGGUUUGGUGGUUGUGGGUCUGUCCUGAACAUUGCUUCUGCUGACUUACCGCAUACUGGGAAACCAUUUGAGUGCCUUCCUGGAUAUCGGGCCGAGGAAGCAGUGGAAAUGUUAAAGACCUUCUACAAACAAGAAAACCCAAAUGCACCCAAAUCAAAAGUUCGGAAAAAAGAAUGUCAGAAGUCUUGAUUGAACUUACUCUGAUGCAGUAUUAAUGCCUCGAAGUGGCCUAGACAAAAUGCUGAGACAUCAUUGAGUCAAAUGUUUACACAUUGUUGAUCUCUGGGAAAUGGUGUGUCUCAUCUCUUACUCUGUUGAGGGAACAAGUUAACAGAUCUUAAAAGCCUGACAGUGUGUAAACAUCUGUAAAGACAUUUUGAGAAGUGGAAAAAUUAACAUUUGAGAUUUAGAAGUCAACAAACAGUACCUUGCUUUUGAGCUACAAAAUGUGCAGUCCAGGCUUGGGCCAGCUUUGCAGACAGCGUGUGUGCAGGCCCGCCUCCUUGGUCUGGGUGCGCACUGGAGUGUGCCUUACUGUGCACCUGUUCCCAGGCCUGGUGUUUCAGUUUACUCCUCAUUUAGAGCUGCUGUAUUCUCCCAGGGAACUGAGGGCCUGUGACUUGUUCGUAUCAGGAGUAAAUGGUCCUUAAUUUUUUGGUGGUGUUUUUAUAAAGCAUUUGAAAAAAAAUACCUACACAUGUAAAAGACCUGAAAGAAGCUCCUGGUUCCUGGGUUCAGCAUGGUCCUGCCCUCACCUUUGCUGCCAUCUAGUGAGUGAACCACUGGGUGAACGAUU